GCUGUGAGAGCAGGGUGGGGAUUACCUCCCAGUCCCACCCAAUUCCACUCCCUCUCAGUCCCAGUGCUGACCGCAUUAGGGUUCCUGCCUUCCUCUUAUUACUGUGAUAAGGGCCUGGAGCAGCAGAGAUGAUUGUGUCACUGUGAGAGCUGAGAUAACGGGCUGACAUGUCCUGGUCCUCUGGUCUGGCAUUCCAGCUCCUGUCAGUCCUGGUGCUGCUGGCCGGCGUAGGGACAUCAGAACUGGAACCACCAAGUAACAUUCAGAUCAGAAAUUAUAACGGGAACCUCUCAGCAUCAUGGAGCUGCGAUAUUAGUGAUGAUGACAGCACGGAGGUGACCUUUACUGCCUUUUAUCAGAAGUCUGGAACAGCAGCCCGCAUAGUCCAUUGGUGCAAUCACACUGACGCCUGCGUAUGUAAUAUGCCCCCGGAACUACUGGAUUACAGUCAAAAUUACACUCUUCAUGUCAGAGGUGAAACUCCGCACGGACACAGCCGAUAUAACGCUAUAGACUUCCAUCCAAGGAGUGUUGAGCUGGAGCCUGCUCCCAUUUUAUAUGUGGAUUCUACUCGUGGGAUUGUCAUAGUUAAUAUUUCGACUCGGUAUACACUAUCCGAUGAUGUGCUUGUCAUGUAUGUCAUAGUUCUCCAGAGCAAUGGAUCUGACGUGGAGACAUUUCCCCGCAAAUAUCCUAAGUAUGUGAUACCACGUAGUAAGCUUUCACCUGGGGCAACAUAUUGUGUGAGGGCUCAGUUAUUUCAUAUUAUCUCUGGAAUGCACAGUCCCUUUAGUCCGGCACGCUGUUUCAGAUAUCAACCUGAAGGCUUGCCAAAGAAUCUCAGGGUGGAGGCCAUAAACAGUAGAUACCUGUUGAAGUGGGACUGGGACUACGUACAGUAUCCAAACGUGACCUUCUCAGUGGAACAAUGUCAUCUUUUCAACACAGAAUGGAAAAAAAUUGCCGCAUGUGGAAAUAUCACCGUCCCGUUGUGUGACCUAUCAAACGAAGUAUAUUUUUAUCACACAUACAGUUUGCGCACAUCUGUGUACGACAGCCAGAGAGAUGAAUACAACUUCAGCCUUGUGACGUUUCAUCCAAAAACAGAUGCUGUGAUGGGGCCCCCAACAGACAUUACCAUAACCAUUCAGGACCGAGAUCUACACAUCGUUGUGAGCGCGCCUGAAGGAUUUAACAAUGAAAACCUCUUUAAAGUUUGUAAUUGGACCUACCACCUGGAAUACUGGAAAAAUACAACACACCCUCAGGUGAUUCCUAUAGAAAGGCCGGAUCCUAUUUUUGCACCAAAAGACCUGAAAGCCUCCACAACUUAUUGUAUGAAAGCACGAACAAAGUGUGUGGAUGAUGAACACAGAGCCGGCCUUUACAGUGGUAUUCACUGCGUCACAACUGAUCCCCGAUCUUACGUGACAUGGUGGAUUGCAGGGUCAGUCGUUAUUGCAGUCAUCCUCAUUGCACUAGUGGUGUACAUCUGUUUCUGCCCCUUAAAACGAUACAUGAAGCAUAUCUUCUUCCCGUCCAGCAAGCUGCCUGCAAGCAUUGGAAAGGAUAUGCAGGAUUCACCCCAGAAGUUUGGUCAGAUUACAUUUGCAUUACAAGAAGAGGAGGCUUUUGACAGGUGCUACAUUAUCCAGGAGGCCCAGCAGGAAGAUCUGGUGCAGACAGAUACAUCAGCAGCCAGAAGCAAGGACUCCGGCCACUAUUCCAUUGAGGAUGAAGGCAGAGAGGAGACGGAUGUGUGCACUGGGUGAACCUCAUGGGCCCUGCUAUUCAUGAUAGACUUUCACUGAGUAGACUGGUAUCCCCAGUGCUGUAGGACAAACAAGCCACCAGACCGGGCGUUCUACCCCUGUGCCCGGAUUGGAUAACAAACCUUAGCCAGUGGAACAACGUAAUACAGCGCUCCUGUUAUGCUGUGCACAAGAGAGUUUAGGUGCUGAGGACCAGAUUCAAACUCUGGAUCAAAUCUCAGAUAAGCUCCUGGAACAAAUCAUUUUACAAUGCAAGGGGUGCAAUAGGCUUUAUAUUUUCCUGCUUACAGGAAAACUGCCGUCUGCUUCUGCAUGUAGUGAACAAACAGUGGGCAGCAUUGCAUUUAGAAUGAAUCUAGGACACGCCCUUUCCAAAGCCCAAAUCUCAUUUUAAACCCCCCUAUUUUCGGUGCUAGGUGAUUUUACCAGGGUGCAAAUUGCUCUCACUCUUAUCCUGAGAUUAUAGCGCCUCUCUGAUGUCCCGAUCCCAUAGCGAUUUCAUAGGCUGCAUCCUCAUGAACUUGGGUUUAGCCCACAAAUUGUCCGCCACUGUGUGUAGGCGACAGACGCACGAUACAGAACUGUAAUACCUGGCGUGGGUGGCGUUCACUCAGCAGAAGGAGAGAAUAGGUGAGCGGCCACACCUUGCUAUGGGGAUAGACUGACAGAGCGAUCAUGUUUCCUGUGGUGCUACUAUACCAUAAGGUGUAUAAUGGAACUCCCCCACUAGUUUUCAAGUGGUGAAUACGCGCUGCGCUCCGUUAUGGGGCGCGGAUGACAUUUUUAUUAUCUGCAAAUGACUCUUUAUAAGAGAUGUUUAUGUGUGUAUCGUGCUUUUGCUGUCCUAGAGCCUGAUGCUGAGUCGCACGGAGUCUGCACGCAAGACCGAUGUUCACAGAGCUGAGCGACUUUUGCUACUGCACCUGCGCAAACAUUUCUGAAACCUCCUACUGCGCAUGUGUUACACACAUUGGGGCUAAUUCAGACCUGAUCGCUGCUGUGCAUUUUCGCACAGCAGCGAUCAGGUCUGAACUGCGCUGGUGCCGCAGUGCGCCGGCACAUGCCAGACAGGCGACGGCUGUCUUAGCCUGUGAUCGCCUCUGCCUGAUUGACAGGCAGAGGCAGUCGCUAAGUGGGAGGAGAAGCGGUCCGGACAACGCAGGCGUGCCCGGACUGUUGGGGGCGGGCCGCGGCUGCAUGAUGUCACACACGCCCGCUGCGUCCCUCACAGCGACGGUUAGCUCCCUGCCAGCGCACAGGAGCUGCGCUGGUAGGGAGCUACUCUUCCAGUACAAAAGUGCUUCUGUACUUGUGCGACGGGGCAGGGCCUGACAAGCGGGUCAGACUAGCCCUGUGCUGGGCGUCCCCCCGGCAUGUCAGGGAAGCUAAAUUUAGCACAUCUACGAUCAGGUCUGAAUCCCCCCCAUUGUGCGCACAAAGGGGCUGUUGUAAUUGGGACAGAUGAUUCUAGAAAUGUGUCGGAAAAGGGAUGGGCGGUGACUGGGCAGUGGCUGGUAGUCCACCCAAAAGUGGCCCGUUCUGUGGGAGUUUUAUGGGAGUGUUGCAGUUGUGUCACUGCAAGCAGCUGCGUUCCCAGAUGCACAGCCGCAGCCAUAGGAACCCGUGGUCAUGGGGGGACAAUGUACCUGACAUGGGGCCAAGGAUGCACCAAUCAGUGUUACAGCGUGCACUAACGCUAAAACUGGGCGCCUCAGUCUAUGCACAUUCGGCUGAAUGAACGUACACUAGGGAAGGAGCGUGUAACGGCAUAAAGUCAAAGGCGGGUGACCGGACAUAGACGUUUUGGCGUGUGCUUUUCCCGUGACUCAGAAUCAGGCCAAUAACGUUCUACAUAUGCCAAAAAUCUGCGGGCUGAAAGCUUGUGAACUAUUACGUAAUACUAAUACAUAACUUAUUAACCAAGUCCAUAGCAUACAAGGUUAUUCUUAUGUUUUGUUGUUUAUUCAUGUGCGCCUGUUCAUUGUGUUGUAUGAGCAUGAUGUUGGAAAAGAAGCUUUCCCACAGGAGAGAGGAUGAGAGUCUGUAACUGGUGCUGACCGUUCUAUAACUCCACAGGAUCUGUGCUCAUAACCAACCAGGUUGGGCUUUCCUUUAAAAUUCUUGCCGCUUUAAUGGGGCUUGUACCUCGCAGGCUGUUACAGGAGCCGUGGGUGCAUCCAGCAUCUCGGAAACGCUCUGUGGAACAUUCUCCGCUCAGAGCAAAGCUCCCCAUGGUACAAGGCACUUGUUUGUAGAGUACGCUGGAAGUGGGGAGAGGCUUUGAAGGGCGUUUUCAGAUAUCGUGGAGGGGUAGAGCUUGUCUUUUGAAGAUAUCUUGGUUAUUUGGGCCUAGACGGCCCAAGAGGAGUCCCAUUGAAAGUAAUGGCCAGCACAUUAUCACUGUUACCUCAGAGGUUGUGUGACUAUCCAGAUAAUGGGUCAUGCACAGUGUGACCGGACGUCGGCCCUCGCUGCCUACGCCCAGUGAUCACAGAUUGGGUUUGGGUUUCACGGGACCUGGCCAAUAGGGGAUUCCCUCUUACCGCCAGUAACCGCCUGUUACUGAGUCCACCACUGCGCAGUGGGCGGGUUUAUCGCUGCCACUACCAGGCUACUAUUGCGUGGCACCUGGAACCACAUUUCUGCUGUGUAUGCUUCAACACGCUGCUGACACACCUCCUGACUGGCGUCGGUGGACCCCUCUGGUCGCCGACUAGGACCAUGCCCAGCAUGGUAGCUUACCAAGGGAGGAGCUUGGAGACGCUGGGCUCAAACCAGGGCAACCGGAGAAUGGGACUGCGUUUGUCGCAUACCUUUUGGUCGCAAGAUUAAGGCAUCUUGAAGGCGAAGAUGUUUACUGCGCAGAAAGUCUUAAAGAAGACCGUUCCUCUGUACAAGCAUUGCUCAGUAGGUAUAGCAUACAAUGUUACAGCAGCUGUCACAGAACAUGUGCUCUCACAGGGCUCACAGCCCGCCUUCUAUAUAUAGGGAUCUAUUCAGACACCCAACGCAUCCGCGCAUGCGGAUCCUUCUCCUUGCUCCAGAUGCGGCCGCAAGAUGAUUGACAGUGGCAGCUGUCGAAGGGGCAUCGGCAUUGCGGGUAAAACUGGAGCGUUUUCGGGGCAGCUGCGUGACGUCACACACUCCUGAUCUUGCGCUGGCAGGGAUCAACGUUAAAUCAAUGCGUCCGCAUUGAAAAUUGCAGACAUCACGGGGCAGCACCACACAUGGCUGGGUGGCCACCAGCAUGUGAGGAGAUGGACGCGGAUCUUGCUGCAGGAAGCAAGGUCUGCCACCAUCUGAAUAACCCUGUUAGUCAGAAGACACAAUACAGCUCACAUUACCAGGAACUGGUCAUUUACAAUUCUCCUUGAUAUAUUUAUCACACAGAUUCAAAGAUUUGUAUUUGACUUAAGUGAAAAAAUGACUGUCACCCUUCCCUGCAUAUACCUUUUAGGAUUCGUAUAUCAAUCAGACCAGCUACAUCAUUCCAAAAGGGGCACCCCAAUCUCCUUCCUCCCCUCAUACAGUAUGUCUGUACAGGGAAACAUUUGUCUUCAACUCUGACACUUUACAUAGAGAAUGUAUAAGUCCACCUGGAGUUUAUUUCAAAGAAAGUGCUUGGCUAAUUGACACCCAUGUGAUGCAAGGCGGUAGCCAGCCAUGUGAUGCAAGGCGGUAGCCAGUCAUGUGAUGCAAGGCGGUAGCCAGUCAUCUGAUGCAAGGCGGUAGCCAGUCAUCUGAUGCAAGGCGGUAGCCAGUCAUCUGAUGCAAGGCGGUAGCCAGUCAUCUGAUGCAAGGCGGUAGCCAGUCAUGUGAUGCAAGGCGGUAGCCAGUCAUCUGAUGCAAGGCGGUAGCCAGUCAUCUGAUGCAAGGCGGUAGCCAGUCAUCUGAUGCAAGGCGGUAGCCAGCCAUGUGAUGCAAGGCGGUAGCCAGUCAUCUGAUGCAAGGCGGUAGCCAGCCAUGUGAUGCAAGGCGGUAGCCAGUCAUCUGAUGCAAGGCGGUAGCCAGCCAUGUGAUGCAAGACGGUAGCCAGUCAUCUGAUGCAAGGCGGUAGCCAGUCAUCUGAUGCAAGGCGGUAGCCAGUCAUCUGAUGCAAGGCGGUAGCCAGUCAUCUGAUGCAAGGCGGUAGCCAGUCAUCUGAUGCAAGGCGGUAGCCAGUCAUCUGAUGCAAGGCGGUAGCCAGUCAUCUGAUGCAAGGCGGUAGCCAGUCAUGUGAUGCAAGGCGGUAGCCAGUCAUGUGAUGCAAGGCGGUAGCCAGUCAUGUGAUGCAAGGCGGUAGUCAGCCGUAUACAAGGCCUGAUUCAGAGUAGAAUGCAAACCCAAUGGUUACCCACAGUUACUGGCCCCGGCAGAGAGAAAGCACCGCCCAUCCUAUUUAACCUGAGGGUUACUCAGAUGGCCUUGGUUUUUGCAGAUGAUCUGAUGCUGCAUAUUUGGACGCAGCAGCUGAUAACCAAAGCCAACAGGAGGUGUCUAUUUACACAAGACGCCUUCCUCAGCCUUAUCAUACUUACACACAGCAGCUGCAACCAAAGACACAGCUGCUGUGAAUCAGACCUACAGUAUAGUGCAGCUGAGGUUACAAUCGCCAGUGUUACAGUAGUUUGAAGUCAGCCAAUCCGAAACUGUCAAAACCGCCAAUCUACCUUUAAACGGUCAGCAGUUUGAAUGGUUUGGGUGGUUUCAAAGCCUCUGCACAUUGCUGGCGGUUAGACACUCCAAUUGGGUGGGUAAUAAAGGCGGCGGAUUGGAGGGUAGAAUCUCCGGUGAGGUAGGGAGAUUUUCAACAGCUUCCAAUACCCUGCACUCGAUUCUUGACACACUAAGCCAUAUCCUGACUGCAGAGAGCAAGCGCAAUCAUGCAAAAAUAGGGAUCUGACAUCGUAAAGAGACAGGUCACAUGCCACAGGGCUGAUUUUUAUUUUUAUAAACUUAAAUGUAAUAAUUAUGUAAUUUUAACAGAAUGCAUUAAGUAUUUUCUGCCAACAUUUCAUUAAAUAUGACAUUACAACAAGGCAAUAAGAUAUUACAUAUUUAUUAAAAUGUGUCUGCCAAGUGGUAUAAUACCCCAAGUCAGAGGUUCCCAAACUGUGUGCCGUGGCUCCCUGGGGUGCCUCGGGACACUUGCAGGGGUGCCCUGGGUUGGUGGUCCAGGACCAAUUAAAAUUAUUCAUGGUCAAUAUAAUAGGCAAAACCAGUGCUGGUGGCUGCCAGUCAUAAAAUAUGUGGCCAAACAGAAGCAAAUCUGGUCCCUCACCACACAACUGACACUAAGGAUGACAUAUAAACGCGAUCUACUUAAUGUAAUAUUUCUUUCUAAAUUUCUCAAUAAGAAAUUUUUGGCCUAGGGGUGCCGUGAAAAAAAUUCUGAUAUUCUAGGGCGCCGUAAUUCAAAAAAGUUUGGAAACCACUGCCCCAAGUCAAUGUAUUUUAUGCACAUACCUGUAUUAUUGUUUCAAGAAAUGUUUUUGUAAAUAUAAUGUUGCCACCCUCGAGACAUCUGAAUUAACUAACCUGGGCCCUCAUUCCGAGUUGAUCGCUCACUAGCUGUUUUUAGCAGCUGUGCAAACGCAUACUCGCCUCCCACGGGGGAGUGUAUUUUCGUUUUGCAAGUGUGCGAACGCCUGUGCAGCCGAGCUCUACAAAAACAUUUUGUGCAGGUUCUGAGUAGCUCUGAACUUACUCAGCCCUUCCGAUCACUUCAGUCUUUUUGGUGCCGGAAUUGACGUCACACACCCGCUCUCCAAAUUGCCAGACACGCCUGCGUUUUCCCUGCCACUCCCAGAAAACGGUCAGUUGACACCUAUAAACGCCCUCUACUUGUCAAUCUUCUUGCGAUCGGCUGUGCGACUGGAUUCUUCAUUAAAUCCAUCGCUCAGGAACGAUCCGCAUUGUACCUGUACAACGCGCGUGCGCAUUUUGGUGCAUACGCAUGAGCAGUAGAGACCUCAUCGCAGAGCAGCGAAAAUCGGCAGUGUGCGAUCAACUCGGAAUGACCCCCCUUGUUCUAUAAGCAGAUUUGCACUUGAAAAAAACCAAACCUAUUUUGUUUACGGAAUAGAAGAUUUUUCGUAUUUGUUAUGUGUAUGUUUAUAGUCCCAAAAUUUUAGUUUUAGCUAAUUGUUUACAACAUAAAAAGGGACAGUGUUUUAUUAUUUGUACAGAUGUCUUUUUUAUUUUUUUAUUUGUUUUUUACAUUUGAAUUAAAAAUGAUGAAGGUAC